AUGACCACCACAUCCACCACAACCAUUAGGCCAACCCAUUCCAGGCCUCAUUGGGGCUCUCAUUCUACACAAAAACUCCCGCUAACUAACUAUCCAUUAAAGCCAUCUCUAAUCUCAGUGAACACUUCAUCCACAACUGAAAGCUCAAUCAAUAUGAUCUCAAAAUCAAAAUGUGGUGAAUCGGGUCGAGACGGCCGUAUAGUCGGGGGAUUUGACACAAGACCCGGACAAUGGCCUUGGAUUAUUUUAACAGCAGCUCAUUGUUUGUCUGAUCACAAAGGAAAUAAAUAUAACGCCAACCAAAUUACCAUAAGAUUAGGCGAACAUCAUCUCUAUAGAGACGACGACUUCUCUAAACCCAUUGAAAUGAAAGUAUUGGAUGUGAAACAACACUCAAAGUUUCAGAGACACGGAUUCUUCAAUGAUAUCGGUUUGAUUCGACUCAAAGACAAAGUUGUCUAUUCCUCAGCUGUUAGUCCCAUAUGUUUGCCCAAUGCUAUCGAGAGAUCUAAAGACUUAGUCGGAUAUAUGGCAACUGUGAUCGGUUGGGGAACAGUGCAAUAUGGAGGCCCGGGAAGUGGUGUUUUACAACAGGUGUCGAUACCUAUUUGGGAUAACAAUGAAUGUGAUAAAAGAUAUUUUCAACCAAUUAAUAAAAACUUUUUGUGUGCCGGUUAUGUGGAGGGAGGCAAAGAUGCCUGUCAGGGAGACAGCGGUAGUCCACUCAUGAUUUUCAGGGAUACCGCAUUCAUCCGAUCGAUUCUGGGUAUCAAACGGUAG